CCGGUCUCCUUGUAUUACAGUCUCUAGGCCAUGUGCAUGUACCGAGGUCAAAUUGUAGUCCAAGUUUAGCCCCACUGAAGAAACUAGCAGUGGACAACUGCUAGACAUGAGCAAGAAGCAGAGCAGGGCUCAAAGUGCACGCUGACCUGUCUCAGUUUCAACCAGGAGGGUUUAAUGUCAACGCUCAACCUUAAGGCUGAAAUAUUCCUUCCCUGUCGCCCACUUAAUUAUCAACUCCUCAACCGAGCAUCAACACAACCACUCAAGUUUUUCUUUCAAAUACAUUGAAGCACUUUUGUGAACAUUUCUUUGAAUCAUGGCCAAACUAUUUCCUUUAGAAUGCCACACUAGUUUAUGGUGUUAAAAACAAGCAAACGAAUGUUGUAACCUCACCUCUUGACCACACUUGACUGCAGGUAGUAUUCAGUCGGCAAAGGUGACGAAGGCAGUGGAAUAACGCGUGUUCAAAAGUUUGCGGAUGUUACGACCGCUUCGCACCUAGGAGCAUUCGAAAUGUGUGGCCCCCAGAAAUGCAGUUCAAAAAAUCCCUAGGGGACUUGGAAAUGCAUGUUUGCGAGGGCGGGGUUUAGCGUUUCACACCCCAAACACCCUCCAGAGCUGCCUUUUGAAGGCCCCUAUAGCACCAUACGGCCCCCCCCCACCCGCGUGUCAGCAAACCUAAAUGGAGCGGGCCCGGUGCCGCCCUGCAAGCCUGCAUUGAGCAUCUAAAGAGGCUCUUUAUUACCUUUCACAAGGCGGACACUCUACACUCCUCAGUAUCAGCGGGAACUUGGCAGGCAGGGGAGCGCUUUUGUCUGUAUCAAAAUCUGAAACGCCAACAUGUUUAAGAUACGCAAAACGAAGGAGGAGGAGCCCACCGGCCCGGGGCAGGUGAGGAUUAAAAAGAGAUCCAAGGUUCCCGGGGUGAUGAUCACCCAGUAUGUUGAGGAGAUUCCCGAGAGGAUGUCCACCCCGGACUUCACCCGCAAACCCAUCGCCCUGACCAUCCAAGAAGGGAAAUUGGCUAUAUUCAGAGCGAUCAUUAUUGGAGAGCCGACACCUUCCGUUACAUGGAUCAGGAACGACGGCGAACUAGACGAUCCAGAAAUGUACAAAAUCACUUUUGAUACAAGUUCAGGGGAACACCAGCUGCAGAUACCGGACGUUUCAGGGGAUCACUCAGACACCUACAAAUGCCUUGCCACUAACGAGUAUGGAAGAGCGGUGGUCACUGCUAACCUCAACGUGAUUGAAGUUGGCUACAAGAAGACCAAAGCCCUGCAACAAUCCAGAACAGCCGUCCGGGAGAUGCCAGAGGAUUUCAAAAAGAAUUUGAAAACCAGGGUGGAAGUAGAGCCAAAGGAGGAGAAGAAGGAGAUAGAUGAGAGGUUCUGGGAGCUGCUGAUGAGCGCGGACAAGAAGGAUUAUGAGAGCAUCUGCUUCCAGUACGGAGUGACCGACUUCCGUAGGAUGCUGACCAAACUGAGCGAGAAGAAGAUAGAGCGCGAGGAAGAGCAGUCUAAGGUAGUUGAAAGACUCUGCAACCUCAAACCCAUAGAGUUGAGAGACGACGGAGGGGCAGAGUUUGAACUUGAAAUGUCCCUGAAGGACCCAGCCCAUAAGAUCUUCCUGUUCAAGGAUGGAGUCAUGAUCCCCUUUAACGCUGAUGACACAGAAGUCAAACACGGGUUGAAGCAAGUAGGGAAGAAGUUUGUGUUCAGCAUAAAUGGUGUCGAUCCCGAAGACGCUGGAAUGUACCAAGUCGAGGUGAACGGCGUCAAGAUCUUCUCAACGGAUCUCAAAAUGCCCAACGUGGACUUCCUGGUGAAGAUACAGGAGGUCACGGCGCUGGAGAGAGAGGACGCCGUGUUUGAGUGUGUCGUCUCACAGCCCAUGACGAACCUCAAAUGGACGAUGAAGAACGCCCCCCUGGAGCACGGCGAGAAGUACGACAUCGAGGUGUCGGAGGACAUGCUGAUCCACACGCUGGUGGUGAAGGACUGCAAGCAGCUGGACAAGGGCAUCUACGCUGCGGCGGCCGGCAUGAACUCCUGCUGCGCCUGGCUCAUUGUGGAAGCGGACACCGACGGGACCGGUAAGAAGAAGGCCCGCAGGACCACCCGGGCCGGCGGAGGGGGAGCCGACCUGCAAAAGAUCGCCGCGGAGCAGAACGCCCUCGUCCUGAAGGAGCGAGAGGAGAUGAUCGCCAGGGCGACGGCUGCAGCCGAGGCCGCGGCCGAGGUGGAGGCGGAGGCUGCAGCGCUGAGGGCGGCGGAGGCGGCGGAGAAGGCCGCCAAACAGGCAGAGGCCCUCGCUGCCAAGAAGGCGGCGACAUUGGCCGCCAAGAAGGAAUGGGAGGCGAAGGAGAAGGCGGCCGGGAGGGAGACCAAGAAGAAACCGGCGAAAAAGGACGGAGCAGCGGAUGGAUCUGAGGAGACGGUGGAAGGAGAGGAGGAAGAAGAAGAGCUGGAGGAGGGAGAAGAGGAAGAGGAAGAGGGAGAAGAGGAGGGUGCCGAAGGGACAGUUGCUAAGGAAACGGUGGAGGGAGAGGAAGACCCAGGCGUGUACUUCACCAAAGGUCUCUCCGAUGUGAGCCCUGUGAUCGGCAUGGAGGCGGAACUGGUCUGCAAGCUGAGCGCGGACUGCGAUGGGGUCUGGUACAAAGAAGCGGUGGACACUUUAGAGAUGGAAGAGUUAACCUCCACGGAAGAUGUCUGCAUUAGCAAAGAUGGGGUCUUUCACAAACUCACAAUCAAAAAGUGCAAGGAAGAAGACACUGGAAAGUAUAGAUUUGAAGCCGAUGGACGUAAAACAGAGGCUACAAUAACUGUUGAAGAUCCGCCCAGGUUCAAGAGCGAGGAUCUGGAAGAGUUCGCCAAGCCGUCGGUCAUCAAGGUGGGACAGAACGUGGCCUUCGAGAUCCCCUUCGAGGGCCGAGAGCCCAUGAAGAUCCAGUGGUUCAUCGAGGACGAGGAGGUGCAGGAGGACAGCCAAGUGAAGAUCGAGAAGUCCGCCACAAGCUCCCGCCUGGUGCUCAUCAAGUGCCAGCGCAAGAUCUCCGGGGAGGUGAAGAUCAAACUAAGGAACGAGUUUGGAAUCUUUGAGGCCAUCACCCAGCUUAACGUAUUGGAUAAACCAACACCACCACUAGGGCCUGUGGAGGUCAUUGAAAGCUCAGCCAGUGCCGUUGAGUUUAAAUGGAGGCCUCCCAGGGACGCCGGUGGCUCUCCCAUCACAGACUACAUCCUGGAGCGGCAGCAGAUCGGACGGAACAGCUGGAAGAAAUUAGGCAAGAUCGGCCCGGAGGCCAAGUACAGAGACUUAGACGUGGACCACGGAAGGAAGUACUGCUACCACAUCAGGGCUGAAACCGAGCAGGGCACCAGUGAGAUGAUCGAGACAGAUGACCUCCAGGCUGGAACCAAAGCCUAUCCUGGCGCACCUUCUACGCCGAAGGUGGUCAGCGCGUUCAAGGACUGCAUCAACCUGGCCUGGAGCUCACCGUCCAACACGGGAGGAACCAACCUCCUAGGAUACAACAUUGAGAAGCGCAAGAACGGGAGCAACCUGUGGGGUCAAGUGAACCCACCGGAGGAGCCCAUCAAGGAGAGAAAGUACGGAGUGAAAGACGUUGUGGAGGGGUUCGAGUACGAGUUCAGAGUGUCAGCUGUCAACAUCUCUGGGGCCGGGGAGCCGAGCUCGCCGUCCGAGUUUGUCUUCGCAAGAGAUCCAAAGCAGCCACCGGGUCGCGUCAUCGACCUGAAGGUGACAGACUCCACCUACACCACCCUGUCCCUGGCCUGGACCAAGCCCAGGGAGGAGGAAGGGGUUCAGGACGAGGCCAAGGGGUACUUUGUGGAGCUCAGGCCAGCGGAGAACACGGAAUGGAGUCGCUGUAACUCGAGCGCCAUCAUUAUGGGCUCCUACAGCAUCAUGGGUCUGAAGUCCAUGGCCAUGUACUGGGUGAGAGUGCUGGCCACCAACGAGGGGGGAGAUGGGGAAGCGCAGGAUCUGGACAACUACAUCAUCGCCAUGCCGCCUCCAGUGAGACCUAAAUUCACUGACCAGAAGAUGAAGAGCUUCAACGUUAUAAGAACCGGGAACGUAGCGAGAAUCAACGUCAAUUUUGAGGCCUCUCCGGUGCCUAAAAUCCUGUGGUUGAAGGACGCGGGACCCUUGACUAAGGGUGUGACAGUGAGCAACACGGACACCUCCUCCCAGCUCCUCCUCCCUUCGGCAGAGCGCACCGACACGGGCGUCUACACCAUCCUGGUCAAGAACAUCGUGGGCCAGGAGACCUUCAGCUUUGAGAUAAGAGUCACAGACGAGCCCAAGCCCCCGGGCCCGGUGGAGCUGGACCAGAACGUCCCCGGCACCGUGACCGUGUCCUGGACCGCCUCCCCGGACGAGAAGAGGGACGACCGGCUGCACUACGUGGUCACCAAGCGGGACUCCGUCAAGCGCACCUGGCAGACGGUGGCGGAGUGCCUGUUCAACAACAAGUUCACCGCCAUCAACAUCAUGGCCGGCACGCAGUACCACUUCCGCGUCUACGCCAAGAACGACAUGGGUCUGUCAAAGCCCUCCGAGUCGAGCACCUGGGAGGUGGGCAAGAGGAGAGAGAAGUUCAAGCUGGAAAUGCCCGAGACUAAGGGCUGCAGCUUCGACGCCGCGCCCUCCUUCACCGUGCCGCUGAAGAUGCACAGCAGCCCCGAGACGUACGAGUGCUACAUGACCUGCGCCGUCACGGGGAACCCCAAGCCCAGCAUCACCUGGUACCGCAACAACAUCAGCCUCAACACCAACACCAACUACCACAUCACCAACACCUGCGGCGUGUGCUCCAUGGUCAUCCUGCGGGUGGGCUCCAAGGACAACGGGGAGUACACCAUCGCCGCGCAGAACUCGCUGGGCAGAGUGGAGUGCUCCACUAAACUCACCGUGCAAGAUUAAGGAAAAAACCGGAGGAUCUCCCAGGAAAUGCUUCGAUUUAAAUGCAUAGGACAUCAAUAAUGCACAUUCUUCUGAAGUAUGACAUUAUUUCUGUCUGAGGUGAUUCAUGUGUUUUACAAUGGUGCAAUUUUUAUGUAUUAACAGAAGUCAAGAAUUUAAGAUGAAGGUGAAUAUCGAUGGGGAAGUAGGUAAAUUCAAUAUUUCUGUAUACUUAUACUGAAAUGUUUCUGCGUAAGGCCAGCAUAACGGACAGAAGCCAAGAUAAAACCAAACAUACAUAAUUUUCCACAAUUUAGUGGAAAAUAUGCGUACACUUAUUUGAACACUUUGAGUAUGAUUCUAAAAGAGCGCAAUCUGAGGAUUAAAGUAUGCCUUUUGCCUUUUUUAUUUUGCUUUCAGGCCUAAUUCAUGAGUUUUACCAGAUCUAAUAUGUUGCUGAUUUAAUAAAAGCACAUAGUUUGAUUUUGGAAUUGCUGCUCGUUUACUAUUUGAUAAAAUGUUGUCAUGAUUUCUGCUUUAUGUGUUUUGGAUGGUUAGUAAAUGCAAAUGUACUUAAAAAAAGAACCUUGCUGAACAAAUCAGACAAACAGCGCCGCCUUUAGCCAAAUACAUGCCACUGUAUCGAACAAGUUACAAAAUAUGAAAAAUGACUUCACCUGACAAAUGAACGUGUUUUAUUGGAUAUUUUAUUUGAUUAAUUAGUAUUUUUGGAUUGGUUGACUUAUAAACAUAUGUUCAGUCCAACUGUUGAAGCCAAUCAUAGUCUAAUAAAGUACAGCAUGCUAACCCAGAAUGCAUACCCAUUGUUUUAAUCGCAUUAGUAUCACUUCGGUUCAAUAUGCAAUGGUUAUUUAUUACUUCAUCUAUGCAUCUGUGUGUAUACCACAUUAUAUUCUUUAAAUAUAAUGUUUGGGCAUUGCAUUGUCUUCGCACUAUAGAUAUGCCUCACUACUACCGAGAUGCUUCUCUCCUUACUGUACUGUAAAAAACUGUCUUUGUCACUGCCUACUGCUGCACGGCUUCAAGUUUCUCUUUUACUGCACGCGUGCCAUUGUGUUCUGCUUUUUGAGUUAAUAAUAAAGGUCCGAAACGAUGAAAAAAGGAAAACCUGAAAUGCAUUGCUGAGUGAACUGUAAACAUGUGAACAUGUGCCAUCAGCAUUCGGCCAUCUUCAGCGUGUAAAGACUCUAACACAUGCUAGUGUGACUAGGGUGCUUGUCGCCGGGUCCAUCUUAACGUGCAUUUAUUUAUAAGUUAACAGGCGACACGGAUACGCAACACGUGUGAAACCGCUCGCACGCUUUCUGACACACGCAGCUGCUUUUAAAAGACGGAACCAAUCCUCCGGGGAGACAUGUUUGCCCGGAGUUUGUCCAAAGUGUUUCUCUGCCCCCCACCCAUAGAAAACGGGUCUUCCUCUUCGCGCAUGUACAGGUUAAAGAGCAAUGUCUACCAUGGUUGACACCCCAGCUCUGACCCUGCUGAGCUCUGCAAUAAAGGCCUCU